ACAGUGCGCGAGACACACACACACACACACUCACCCCUCUCAGGCGAAGCUUUAUAUAGCGUACUGCUUCUAAGCACCGCUCAUAGACGGCAGAUGUUUUGUGUAGAGCUGCCUGUGCCGCGUCACACUCCACCAACGACACUCUUUCAACGAAAGGGUGUUUUACGAGGGCUGAGAAAGGAGGGUUAGAACGUGUGUUUUGUGACAUCACAAACAAGGGGGGCCAAUAGGAAAUGAGAGCCGGAAAAUUAUUUGGUGGGUAGCCUCUUAUAAUAUACUGUACUCUAGAGUUUCCAUGAAAGAAAGAAAAAAAUAUCCAAAAGGUAGAGUGGUGUACAUUUCAGUCCAUUUAAACUGAACGGGAUGAGGGCUGCAGCGAUGUUCCCGGUGGCAUUAAUCCACAAACCUCUGGAUGAAAUAAGAACCUUUCAAAUGAAACUAUUUUAAUUGGAUUUUUUUAAACCAUCUGGGGAUCUGUUUUCAGCCCCCGAUUUUAUUUAUUUAUUUAUAAACAUGUAAUUAAAUUAAUUGCAUUUGGACAUGGAGUGUCCCCUUACGGCGUUUGAUCGGAAACCAACGAAACCUUUGUUGCGUUUUGCAAGGUUUGUGCCUAUCAUUUUGCUUUGGAGGAUAUUCCACAACAAAUAAAAGCAUUGCUUUUAUUCUUAAAUUAUUGAAUAUUUAAAUCGUUUUUAUGAAGAGUUUUCGCUUGGUCGCUUUCUUUAUUGUAUUAUUAGAAUUAGUGUUAUUUUAUUUGUCGUUCUGGGACCGAGUAUCAUGAAAACUGCCAACGGCUGAAAUGAUUAUGGUAAAAACAUGGAUUAUAACUGCAAUUCUGGGGAAGGAGGAUUUCAAACCGGCUUUCAAGAGAUCGAUGGAAUUAAUAUGGGAUACUUAAAAAUCAACGGAAGACAGAUGUUUGCUCUAGCUCAAGUUUUCAGCGAUCUAUUUAAAGAUAUUCCUAGGACCACCAUUAACAAAAGAAUGGAGGUUUUAAACAUUAGAAGCCGUCGCUGUGACAUCAAGGAGCUGCGGAGUCUCAAAGCUAUUCAUUCAGUCCCUGUGCGAGCAGUAACGUGCUCUCUGAUCGCCAAAGAGGACCUGGAGCUCUUGUACGCAGCAUGCCAAACCCUCAGCCCAAAGAAAAGGAAGAAGAGGCGCAAAAGCAAACCCCCGGAGUCCACGAACAAAACAGCAACAUCGCAGGCGAUCUGCACGAGUUUUUGCAAAACUAAAACCGCCAAUGCACUUUUUGCCAAAGACACGGGAGAGCUCCAUUUCUCCAGCGCCACGCCGCGACAACGGGGUCUCUCCAAAUCAGCUCAAAAUUUCUCCAAACUGAAACGUGCCGCUGGGGGUCCGCCACUCGCCUCCGUCGCCGGAGACCUUGGAAACUAUGAAAAAGUUAGCAGAGCGAGAAACUGUUACAGACUGAAGGGCGCAGACGGGCUUUUGGUAGCGGCCGGCUCUGUGAAUUCUUACCGCUCCGCCAUUGCAGUCAGCGGGCGCAGCCGGAGCGGCGUGUCGCUGUGUCUGAAGAGCAGCUCUCGUUACGGCAGCGCAGGGCGCUGUGACAUUCAUAACGGGUACGCCGACAGCCUCAAGUCGCCGCCUUUGCUCUUGGGGGAUAAAGGCUUUCCUUUCGCCAAGCGGAAGGACAGGAGCGGCGCGGCGGAAGAGAACGGGUUUAAAAAGGUGCACGGACUGAGCCAGAUCGCCUCCACGGGCUACUUCAGCGACUCCGAGUCCGGUUCGGAAUUGGAGAAGGAUUCCGAUUUCGGAUCCAACUUCCAGUCUACCUCAACAGAGUCCUCGGAUGAAGAAGACAGUCUGGACAGGAGGUCGGUGUUGUCUUCGAGUAGCGAGGGGGGCAGCUCGUCGGAGUCGGACUCCAGUUCGGUGUACAGCGGGGACUCCGUGCAGAGCACCCGCUACAGACAGGCAGCUCUGCCCACCGCCUCCCCUCGCUACUCGCUUCCUAACGGUCAGGAAGAGGUUAAAUCAGGAACGUGUGACACUGGCGAACGCGCCUCAACGAAACCCCCCGUAGAAGUUCAAACAGAACCCCUCUGCACUGACGUGAACCUUCUGCUGCCAAAGGACUCCGGGGUACGAUGUGCAUCCUGCAGCCCCGGCUCCAAAAUCACCAACCUGGACUCUGUGGAAAAAGCGGGGAAUAAAGAAUUGCACGUCGUGCCCAGCGCUCCCCCGGCACUAACGGGGGACACGAACGGGAGGAAUUGCGACAAAGCAACACUUUGUGUUAACUGCUUGGCAAGUUGCACUCAGGGGAAUGAGCUUUCUCUGCUGCCAAAGAUCCCACCUUUAGAGCCUGAGGGGUCCUUUCUGGGCGCCGUUACACCCCUUGAAAAUGGGAACUGUGCGCACAAAGGAACCCCAAACAAUGGGUCCUCGUUAGGCCUCAGUGACCAAGCAGAGAGCCAAAUUGAGGACUUAUCCCAGGAAUCUGGCUUCCAUGAUGCGCCGCCGAGCAGCAGCAGGGCCCCCAUUCAUCCGGCUGUCCAAAACUGCACGGGACCUGGCCGCAUUUGCAUUGCGACUGAUCUCCCAGGGGACAUCAAAGAGCCUCGCCGGGAAAAGUUCGAGAGGCUUAUUAGGACAUCCAAAUUGUGGUGCUACGCAAAGGGGUUUAAUUUUGAUGGCAAAAACGUGGGCUACACAUCCUCGAUUGAUUACAGAUCUUCUUCGAGGCCCCCCGGCAGAAAGGGGUCCAAAGCUCGGCCCGGCUCUGUCGAUAGGAGCUUGGUCGACUCUUUCUUCCCCCCCUUUACCUCUCCCAGAUCGAAAGGCCGCUGUACCUUGUCAAGCAACGCUUUUAAAGUCAAUGGUUCGGAAAGGAAUUUGAAAAGGAGCCGGACUCCCAGGCGCAGCGGAGCAGAAAGGCAACAAAGGUGCUCAAAAGAGGUCUCCAAAAAAGUGAAAAACUCCAAGAAAAGCGAAAAGAAAACGGCAGCCCCUUCUUGUUAUAAACGGAAAGCCAGUGCCAGCUGCGGCGUCCCGUCCACUCCGGUGAAAAGAUCGUUCGCCUUGCUGGAUAAUUUUCCGUGUCCACCGUCCCUCGUUGUAGGGGCCGAUGGCGACCUGUGUCCCGCAUAUUCACUUUGUUCCAAACGUUGUGUCCCGCACCAGAAGGCGGCUCCCCAUUGUCGCCUGUGGCAGCUUGGGGGCAAUGUCAUCCCUGUACCCCCAAGCCAUAAAUUCAGGGGUUAUAACCUGGAAUGGGGUGACUAGCACUACUUCACUGGUUUACACGCAACAGUUGUUUAUAAAAAAAAUUUUAAAAA